CUACUUCAUCACUGUCAAGGUCAUUCCGGAACCACAUGAGAUAGCGCUAGCUUAUCAGACCUCAGUGCGCUUUCAGCUCUGCUUCAGUGUGGAUGUGUUAUCUUUACAAGAAUAUUACCGUUAUCUUUGACUUUCCCGCGUUUUUAAGUGAACAAAGGAUUAACUUUGUAAAUUAGUAUCAUGGCUACUGGUCAUGAUGAGGAUGCCCUACUGGGGCCCUCUGAUGAUGAAACAUCAUCAGAUUCAAAAAACAUCUUUAGUGCACUGAAAACCAUUCAGAGCACAAUGGAAUCGGUUGCCACGGGCAUCAACAAAAUGGGGGAUGCAUUUACUGCUUUAGCAGCGGCAAACCCACAACAAAAGGUCACUGACCAGCCUUCCACCUCUAAGCGCUCAUUUGCAGAAAUAGAGGAGGGGGAGAUAUCUGAUGAGUAUGAUGAUACAGAUGAUGUUAAAAGUCUACUUAAUUCAGCUACUGGUAAAAACUCACUAUCAUCAGAAAGUAAAGACUCAAAUGAGUCAUGUAGUGGCUCUAUACUUGAAGAAAUGGAUGCCCUACUUGAGGAUGACGAUGAUGUGGGGCCGGCUGUGGCUGAAAAAUUGGCAAAUAUUACUAACAAGGCUUUUUCAAAGCAACAUGCCAUUGAAAGUGUAAAGAAAAAGAAGGAAAUCCAUAAAAGACCUAAAAAUUGUGAUAAGGUCAUGGUUCCUAGAGUGAAUAAAGAAAUAUGGAGACAAAUGUCGAAACAAGGUUUCACUAAAAAACGUGAUUUGCGCUUAAUGAACAUUCAAAGUGCGAUCACGAAGAGUACAUGCGCCAUAUUAAGUGUCGCAGACAGUCUCCUCAAAGUUGAUGGAGAAAAACAUGACAAAGAGAUUAGGAAUUGUCUGGAUGCCAUCUAUUUGCUUGGACAUGCAAAUACAGCUAUGUCAAUGCAAAGAAGAGAACUGCUGAGACCAGUAUUGUAGAGUGAUUAUGCUGGUCUGUGCGACAGUAGCACACCAGUGACUUCUCUUCUUUUUGGAGAUGAUCUUCCAAAGUCAUUGAAAGAAGCCAGGCAAAUGGGAAAUGUUGGUCGUGAUUAUCCGUCAAAAAACGGGAGACGAUACGGGUUUCAUCAGAAACCCAAGAACGAAUAUUUCAAAAAGAAGAUCCACAGCAAGAAAUUCAAAAAAGAUUAGAUACUAAAGAAAGUAGCUCUGAAGAACCUUAUUUUGAGUGUAAUACCAGCAGUUUUGCAGAAAAUGGUACUGGAAAAAGCAAAGGGGAUAUUAGUGAUGCCAAAUUGGCCCACUCAACCCUAUUACGCAACGGUCAUGAAAAUGUUAAUAGCAAAGCCAUUGUAUGUUCACAGACGCAAAACAUUACUACAGUUGCCAGAGAAAAACGAAAUUCACAAAAUAUGGGACAAACUGGACAUACUGAUAUGUCUAUUAUCAGGAGAUCGAUCUCAAACAGAGACCUUCCGGAAAACGUUACCAACAUAUUGCUUUCAUCAUGGAGAUCAAACACAGCCAAACAAUAUGAAUGUUAUUUACGAAAGUGGGAAAAGUUCUGUAAUCGAAGGGAGAUUAAUUCCUUUUCUACAAAUGUGAAUAAUGUGUUAACAUUUUUAACUGAACUUUUUGAAAACAAUUGUGGAUAUUCAGCAAUAAACACAGCAAAGUCUGCUAUUUCGAAUGUGAUCAUAUUGACGGAUUCAGAACAUAUCACCGUGGGAAACCAUCCUUUGGUUAAGCGGUUCAUGAAGGGAGUGUACAAUCAAAAACCAUCGCUUCCUAGAUACAAAUCUGUAUGGGAUGUGUCCGAAGUUUUGGAUUGGCUACAGAAAAUUGAGAUUGACAAUGUAACUUUGAAAAUGCUGACUUUGAAGACAGUCAUGCUGUUAGCCUUGUUAUCGGGUCAAAGAGUUCAAACUCUACGUGCAUUGUCUGUAAAUAAACUAAAAUUGACUGAAUCUUCUGCAGAAUUUCACAUAGAGACUUUACUCAAGCAAAGCAAACCUGGUAGACAUUUAUCAGUGAUUAAUUUCACGAGCUACAAUGAUCGACAACUUUGUGUAGUGAGUCACUUGCAUAAAUACAUAAAUAUGACUAAAGAUUUAAGAAAAUCUAAUGCACUUUUCAUUAGUUAUCAAAAACCAUACGGUCCAGUUACAACUGACACUAUUGCUCGUUGGCUAAAAACUGUGUUGCGUAACAGUGGUGUAAAUACAGAUGUGUAUUCAGCACACAGCACUAGGGCGGCGUCUACAUCAGCGGCAGCAGCCAAUGGAUGUACAGUAGAUGAAAUAAUGACACAUGUGGGUUGGGCAAAUGCUCAGACAUUUGCAACAUUUUAUAAUAAAAUGUGUAUGAAAAACGAAUCAACAUUCAGCGAUAAGGUUCUUCAAAGAAAAUAAAUGUAAAUAAUUAGUCAUGUACAUCAAUGAUGACAGUUUGAUUUGUGGAGAAUACAGUUUUAUAUGUUUUAUUAGUAAAUGAUGGUCAACAUUAUAUGUUGUUUCAUGUCAUAUUUAAUAGCCUCAGAGCUUUCAAUUCUCAUGUGGUUCCGGAAUGACCUUGACAGUGAUGAAGUAGAAUUAAGAAAUUAAACGAAACUUACCUGGAAGUUGAAGUUUGAUUGGGAUUCUACUUCAUCACUGGAAAAAAUGGAGGAAUCACAUGCCCUUCCCUUCGUUAAUUUAUAUUGCCCUCCCUUAUAAAAAUUUCAUUAAUUUCUUCGGCUAUUAAAUGGGAUUUAAACACUGAGGUCUGAUAAGCUAGCGCUAUCUCAUGUGAUUCCUCCAUUUUUUCCAGUGAUGAAGUAGAAUCCCAAUCAAACUUCAACUUCCAGGUAAGUUUCGUUUAAUUUCUUAAU